UCAUGUUUCCCUGAAGCAUUCAUUCUAGACCCAACUUUGUAGGCCAGAUUUGCAGCUUUUAUCUCUUUGGCUGAUACGUGCUUCGGUUCAGUGCGUCUGGAAUUUAAUUACUACUGCUUAAAAAUGCCAGGACUCACCAUUGGAGACGCCAUCCCCAACCUUGAAGUUGAAACCACCCACGGAAGGAUCAAACUCCACGACUACGUUGAUGAUUCCUAUACCAUUAUUUUCUCUCACCCGGCUGAUUUCACGCCGGUGUGCACCACUGAACUUGGUAUGAUGGCUGUGUAUGCUGACAAGUUUGAGAAGAUGGGAGUGAAGCUUUUGGGUCUGUCUGGCGAUGAUGUCCAGUCCCACCAGGAAUGGGUCAAGGACAUUGAAGCCUAUAACAAUGGUCACAAGGUCACAUAUCCUAUUGUUGCUGAUCCGAACAAGGAGAUCAUCAAGCAACUCAACAUGGUCGACCCUGAUGAGAAAGACUCGUCCGGCUACCACCUCCCAUCCCGUGCUCUGCAUAUUGUAGGCCCUGACAAGAAGAUUAAGUUGAGCUUUCUGUACCCGGCAAGCACUGGGCGUAACAUGGACGAAGUGGUGUGGGUGUUGGAGUCCUUGCGCAAGGCAUCCGCGCACAAGAUUGCAACUCCUGCUAAUUGGAAACCGGGAGAUCCUGUGGCCAUCUGCCCCAGCGUGUCCGAUGAUGAAGCUAAGCAAAUGUUUCCGCAGGGAUACCAGACUGCUGAUCUUCCAUCCAACAAGGGCUACCUGCGAUUCACCGAUGUGUAACCGGACGGACCAUCCAUCCAUGCAUAUUAUAUGGUUGUUCCUCCUAUUACUAUAGUAUUAUUUAACUUGUCCGGUACUAGGAGGUUUUGCCAAAAAACAAAAAAGUGUUGUAUCUAUUCGUCUGCUGAAUUACUACUGCUAUUCUAUCUUUUAUCAUAUAUAAGUGCU